UUGAUUGAUUGAUUGAUUGAUUGAUUGAUUGAUUGAUUGGUUUCGUCAAAUCUACCAGUUUUGUUACUAAGUGCAUUUUUGGGCAAAAGGGCUGGUUUUCACUAGAGCAUAAGCAUACGCAUAAGCAUAAGCCCAUAUACGCAGACGCAUUGCUUGCUAAAACAUUUUAUGAUAAUUACCACAAAAGGCGCUAAUUAUCAACAUCUUACUGGCUGCGUAUGUCGGCUUAUGCUUAUGCUUAUGCGCUAGUGAAAAGAGUGAAACCUUAGCGACUCGUUGAUUCCUCUAUUAAAUCUAGUUUUAUCCGAGACAAGGGAUUACACUAGUUAACUUGGGUAGUUUUCGGUAAAGAUCGAUCGCAGAGAAUUUAAAAGUUGAGGUUAGACUCUAUGUGUUCUACGUUCUCAAAACGGACAGUCACGUAACAACCAAAAUGUUUUAGAUCAAUUUGUUACCAAAUUUUGGGGUUUCGCUGGCGCGCCUUCGGAGGGCAGGAGCUCCCCUAAAAUAUAGAGAUACCUAGAACUUCUUUUACACGAGUUACUUGGAUAACUAUCAACUUCAAAGGUAAGUUAAUCACUGAAGCGAAUUUAGUUAGCUGACAUUUUCAAUGAAAGCCCCCUAUGUAAAUUUUUAUGAUUCACAAUGAUAUUAAUACACUGACAAAGCUCGCUGCCAAAAGUAGUAAAAUGAUGAUAACUCGACAAAUUCACGGAAGCCAAUCUACCGAGCAAACCCUUGCAGUAUUAUUUACCGUUCUGUUAUUUCAGCUUGUCUCAUUGGCGCUAUUCACUUGAAAGAAAAAUAUUGCUGGACAAUAUGUCUAAGGCUUUACAAUAAUGAUUAUUUUGGGACCUUUCGCGAUCGACUGCUCUCUUUGAAGACCUGUGAAGCGUGAAGUCUGUGGAACAGUGUUACGCACGCAAUCUGAAAAUCAUGUUCAAGAUCUCUAAUGCUAAAUUAGGAUUUAAGUUUAAAGGCCUUGAUCGUUAUUCUCGUCCGAAGCCGGCGCCGAAGCAUUUAUUAAUUACCAAAGUGCAUUAAAGUAAGCCUGUCACAGUCAUGCGCUCCCAAUCCAUUCUCUUAUAGGCACACUCAAGCGUAGCCUGAAUUGUAGCAGGAAUUGUUAGUAAUCCUAUCAGCUCACUUUGAGUAACUCUCAGCACUGGCUUGCAUCACGCAAAGACCAAAGAUCUGUCUUUCCCUAUUUUGGACACCUUUGCGUAAAAUUAAGGCAGUAAAACAAACAGCUGUAAUCUACAGUUGACAAGGGAAAAACGGAAAGGAUACUCUGUAACGAAAAUGUCUACCGAAAGAAACGGUACCGCUCCCUCUGGAAAACUGCUAUCUGAGGAGUCGGAGGAGAAAACAGAGUCUGUUACAGUCGAAGAGCGGGAAAAAUGGGGUCGCAAAGCAGACUUUAUUCUCUCUUCGCUGGGUUACUGCAUCGGAUUUGGAAACAUCUGGAGGUUUCCCUACCUGGCUUACAAAAAUGGUGGAGCAUCGUUUCUUAUCCCGUAUUUCCUGAUGUUGUUCUUGAAUGGUGUCCCAUUAUUCUUCCUGGAACUUGCUAUUGGUCAAUGGUUUAGUUCCGGAGUCAUUGGAGUAUGGAAAUCAAUUUGUCCGCUGAUGAAAGGUGUUGGAUACGCCACGUGUCUCAUGUCAUAUCUCUGCUGUAUCUACUACAUCAUAAUCUUGUCCUGGACAUUUUACUUCUUGUUUGAAUCAUUUCGAUCUGAAGUGCCGUGGAAAACCUGUGACCAUCCCUGGAACUCGAUGUUCUGCCUGGCAGAAAGAACAGAGGACGAUGUCUUUAACUGCACUGCGUAUAAUUUGCCCAUAAAUUGCACAGCUAAGUACACCUCUCCAAGUGCUGAGUUUUGGAAUGACAACGUAUUGCAAAUUACGGGAGCUAUUGGAGAGUUUGGAGAUAUGAGAUGGGAACUGGUUGGAACAACAGUUUUAUCCUGGGUUGUGGUGUAUUUCUGCCUGUUCAAAGGAAUCAAGUCUUCCGGAAAGGUGGUGUACUUCACAGCUACUUUUCCAUUUAUUGUUCUCUUCAUACUUCUCAUCCGGGGGCUCACUCUAACUGGAGCUGGUGAUGGAAUACUGUUUUAUUUAAAGCCGGAUUUCUCACGACUUGCAGAUCCACAGGUGUGGAUUUAUGCUGCCACUCAAAUUUACUGGUCACUUGGAAUUGGUUUUGGAACUCUCAUCACAUUUGGAAGCUACAACAAAUUCGAAAAUAACUGCCACAGAGAUGCGGUCAUAAUCUCGUUCGCAAACUGUGGAACCAGCUUCUUCUCCGGAUUCGUAAUUUUCAGUGUUCUUGGUUUCAUGGCUUAUGUCCUUCGAACGACUGUGGCCAACGUUGCUACCUCGGGUCCCGGAUUGGCUUUUGUUGUUUAUCCAGAAGCGAUAUCGCAAAUGCCUUUGUCUGUUCUGUGGGCCAUCUUGUUUUUCUUCAUGCUGGUCACCUUAGGAUUGGACAGCCAGUUUGCUACUAUUGAAGCAGUUAUCACUGGCCUCACAGAUGAGUAUCCAUGGCUAAAGAAAGGUUACCGGAAACCAAUCUUCGUCCUAAUCCUGUGCGCCAGCAUGCUGCUUCUUGGGCUUCCUUGUGUUACGCAAGGUGGAAUGUAUUUCUUUAACUUGAUGGAUUACCAGACUGCGGGAUUAUCUCUGCUGAUUGUAUCUCUGAUGGAGAUUAUUACAAUCGGUUGGAUUUAUGGUGUUGACAGAUUUAGCGAUGACGUGGAAGCCAUGACUGGCCAGAGGCCGUACCUGUGGUUCAGAAUUUGUUGGAAAUACAUCUCGCCCGUUUGCACGAUCGCAAUUGUCAUGGCAAAUAUAAUUCAGUGGAACGGUGUGUCGUAUAACAAACAACCGUACCCCGGAUGGGCCGAGCUGCUGGGCUGGAUGAUGGCCCUAGCUUCCAUAUUGCUUAUUCCAGGAUUUGCAAUUCACCAAAUGUGGAAAACACCUGGAACUCUCAGUGAACGUUUUUACACACUGCUGAAGCCAGACCAGAAAAUGAUGGAUCAAAUUUUACGAGACAAUGGCAUUCAAGACAAAAGGGCACCUGAAGUCGUUUUGUUGUGAGACGAUGCCGUUACUUGUCCAAGAGGAUUUCUGGCGGUGCAAUUGAAGGAAACGUCAAGCCAAAAUAAACCUGGAUAGAAAGAAAUAUUCCUGUGUAGUCUAAUGAAGUAAAAAUCUAAUGACAAGCAUUUUGAUAUCUGAUAAAGGUGCUGUGAUAUGAUGCUUAAAACGUAACGACUUAGCAUUAGUUUCUUUUUGAAUGAGAGGUUUUAUCUUCUCCGUAAAUGGGUGAAAUAUAGUUAACCAACAAUUGUUGGUAGAGCUUUUGGGGAUUUCAGUUCUUUGCGCAUUUUAUUUAUCGAGUUCAGUGUUGAAUACAAGCACUGCAAUGAAUUAUUGCAGAAUUUGUCCUUUUUGUAAUGGUAACUUUCUCUUCAGUGAAUUAUCAACUACUGCGGACUCAGUAAAUGUUCAUUUUCAGUGAGUGUUAAACAGUUUUCCUUGUUAAUCAAUCGCACCACUCUUUGUCAGUUGAAGGCACAAUGAUAAUAUCAAAGAAUUGUGUCUUCUUGCAUUUGUAUACAAGUUAUGGUUAUUUUUUCAAGUUUUAAGUCCUCAUGACUGAAAAGCAAGUCCACUGACACCACCCCCUUAGCCCCAAAGCCCCACCCCCCCCCCCUCCCACGCGCCAUUGCAUUGCAGUUAGCGUGCUAAAUUACAACUCUUUACCAGGUUGAACACAAUGUGAGCUAAAUUUCAGGGCCACUUCCUGAACCUUUUUUGAACUUUGUGAUAGUAAAACAUUUGAUCCGUUGAAGCAGAAGGGCUGAAAAACUCUGGAAACAGUUGCCAGCUACAUUUCAACGUCGACUAGCCUAAUGUUAUUACUUAAAAGUUUCUGUAUUGUUCAGAGUAUAUAAAAACUUGUAAGUAAAACUUUUAAUGUAUAUUUUAUUAAGGCUGGUAUUAAAAACAUGAUAAUUAAUAUAUUUGUCAUCUGCCUUGGUUUUACAGUAUCAUUCAACACAGAUUGUGAUAACCCCUACAGUGUUUAAGGGUUAUGUUUACAAAGUUCUGCCGCAUUCCAGGACUACUAUUAUAUUUUGUGCACGUUGUCGGUUCUAUAUAAGUUCUACUGGGUUUCCAGGUUUUCAAAGAAAGCAAUUCAAAAAGUUGGACAAUGUCUUCCCCAUUCAAAAGCUAUUUCGAUCUUACUUUAAGCAGCCUAAUUGAUUUUCUCUGACUUUUAUCUUGUCGCUGCCUUGGCAUUCAGUUGUGUAUAUCAUCAACGGAAUGCGGAAAUUUCGAACUCACUUCAGUGUCGUUGAGAAUCAGGCUGACAUCGAUGAAAGUUUCGUGCCUCGCUUUGUACGGUGGAAUCGAAAACGAUCUAGUUCUGUCUUUCUUCCCUUGCCAUAACUUCCUCAUAUCUUUGCCUUUAUUUCAAAAAUAUGCUAAGGAAGUAAAAGCGAGUUGCUGAAGGAAGACCAGUUCAGCGCUCCCUCGCACGUAAGGAUCGAGAGUUCCUAAUCAGCAAUGAAAUCAAAUAUAAUUAGGAAGGAAGCUCAUUAAUUACUCAAAUAUUACGUCUCAGGCAAGUCGUGAAUUCAACUACUCAAUGAUCAGCUAGAAAGGAAGUUAUCGACGUAACUAAGAAGGUGUUUUCUAGAAAGGAAAAAGGAACGGAAGAUGUAUGGAGACUACAGUUGACCACAGUUGAUGAGUUCAAGGGAAGAAAUAAAUGAGACAAAAUUAAAUUUCCAUCUAAUUGUUAAUCACUCGGAAUUUAUGCAAACCAGUUGGACAGGUAGCCUGUAUGUCGCGCUGCGAAAACUACACAACAAGAGAUGUUUACUGGGAAACAUGAAUACAUGCAGUUAACCGAUUGGGCAGGAGACGAGAGCUAUUAAGCUGAGGCUGUUAUGCUUCGUAUAGUACUGGUGCACGAUCAGGACUCAAUAUGUCUUGAAAAUUGAUUAAAUUUUGCAAAAUAGCCAGUCUGCCGAAUAAGUUACGUCGACUCAAUAUCGAUAAAAUGGAGAGUUUGAGAGUAAAAUAAACAUAGCGCGCAGGUUUGAAACAAUGAAUUUCUGAAUGAAUCCUGCAAGAAGUGUACAUCUCACUGGGUUCCAAAUUGUUCUUUUAUUGAAGGCAACAAGUUAUUUAAUUUCGACGCAAGCAGUUUUUGCGUUUAAAACUUUCUCGCCGGUAACGACGUGCCCUGACUCCCAAUUUUUUUGAAAUAAUGAAUUAAUUAUUGUUUUAUUAUAUUGUUUUGUCUCAACCUUAAAAUAACUAAUUAUCCCAAACCCUAUCAC